GUCAGUGGCCAGUUACCAGAGCAGGCGCUCAUCGCCACGGAUUGCUGCCCCACAAAAAAAGGCCAAGAAAGGCCUGCGAGCCAGCAAUAAAUACAAAAACCACAACGAAAGCCAAUUGAAACCUGUGGCCACUUGUCACAAAUCGUAGCCGAAAGUGCCAGUGACAGUUGUGCUCAUACAUACUUGGCAUCUUUCACAUGUGGUAAACAAAAAGAAAAUAAAUUCAUAUACCCUCGUAUAUACAUACAUCUUGAAAAACCGGCUGGACAGUGAAAUUCGCGUGUGCGUGUUUCGAUUUUGCGGCCCUACAAAAACCGAUACGAAACUCCAUUUAUGACUGCCGUAAGUCGUAAGCCCUGAGUUUGUGGGUCGUCUUGUACGUGUUUACGUUACACUUUAUAUAUAUACAAAAAAUAAAAAUAAAUACAAAAAAUACAGGAAAAACGUGCGGCAAAUUGCGGGAAACUCAUUCCUGGCAUGGGUAUAGAAAUCAAAAAGAAAUUCCAUUUUAACAAAUCGAUUUUGGGUGUUCUUUUUCUUAUUCGAGAGCGGACAGCAAUAUAAAUAGAACCGCGUUUCGUGGAGCUAAUGACAAAUUAAAUUGUGGGCACACACCCAGAAAAAGGAAGGAAUAGGGAAUAUCUCAAACAUCGAAGGCAUUAAAAAAUUACGAACCGCGCGUGUUUAAAAGUUUGCGCUGUUAUCAACAAAAAAAAAAACAAAAAAAGGCAACAAUAACAACAAGUAGCAGAGCAUUAACAAUAAACUGCGAUAAAAGCAACAGACAAACGGGAAAAGUUUCAUUAUUUCGGUGAGUCGCGGUGGCAAGAGCAGCAGGCAAAUCAGGAAGGACAAUGAAGGCGACGCGCCAGGGGCGCUCAUCCUGCCAAUCCUCCGGCUCCGGCCAUUCCACCGCUCAUCAUCACCAGGAACGGCGGACAUAGGGCGCGUGUUGAGCAAUUCCCGUGUCGCCGACUGUUGCGCGCUUGAGUGCCAAAUCGAAGCGCGAAUCCCGACUUUUUGCCACUGCCAACAACUCGAACUGGCGCGGAUCCGAGCGGGAAAAGCGUCCUAUGGAGGAUUGGGAAAUGGAGCGGAGAACUACAGUCGGCGCUGUGAGCAAAUACGCGAUUCGCAGAGGAGCAACAUUGGCAACCAGGAUGAUGGCGAACUUCGGCAGCCUUGUUUGCAUUGCAGAUUGCAAUUACUCCAGUUUUAAAUUACGCACAGCAACAGGCACAAAGAUAAACGGCAAGUACAGCGAAAAAGCACUGGCGGAGCAACUUGAAUGAGCUGUGUUUCAAUCGGGCUGCGAAAUCGAAGAGAUGUCCGGGGUUAACGUGGCUGACCCUCUGGCCACGAAAAUGACAUUACCCAUCACAGCCGCAGCAGGAGCAGCAGCAUCACAAGCAGCAACACUCGCAGCAGCUGCCACAUCAGCCACCAACAGCAGCCGCCUGCAACCUGCAACAUUAACAAGCCACAUUUUCACGACAGCAGCAGUCAAAACGACGACGACGUCGACGAGCAGUUUGCCUAUAACAUCGCAAUUUGUGGAUGCCUCGUUGACUUCGCUAUCAUUAACAGCAACAUCGUCAGACGCCUCCGACUCCUCACCCUUUUCGUCCUAUUCGCCGUCGGAGUCCACGUAUGAGUUCCUCUCCACAGUCGGUCCAAACAUAACGGCCAAUGGCAGUGAGAUUGCCGUGGAUAACCAGGCGGAGCUGGAGGAGAGCUGGCUGGAUCUAUCGCUGCUGCUGCUCAAAGGAUUCAUCUUCUCGUCAAUUAUCCUGGCCGCUGUCCUGGGCAAUGCAUUGGUCAUCAUUUCAGUGCAGCGCAAUCGAAAGCUGCGGGUGAUAACCAAUUACUUUGUUGUGUCGCUGGCGAUGGCCGACAUGCUGGUGGCCCUCUGUGCGAUGACAUUCAACGCCUCCGUGGAACUCUCCGGCGGAAAGUGGAUGUUCGGACCGUUCAUGUGCAACGUGUACAACAGCCUGGAUGUUUACUUUUCCACGGCUAGCAUAUUGCACCUGUGCUGCAUAUCGGUGGACAGAUACUACGCCAUUGUGCGUCCACUGGAGUAUCCUUUGAAUAUGACACACAAAACGGUUUGCUUCAUGCUCGCCAAUGUGUGGAUCCUGCCCGCCCUCAUAUCCUUUACGCCCAUCUUCCUGGGCUGGUACACGACGGAGGAGCACCUGCGGGAGAUUUCCCUGCAUCCGGACCAGUGCUCGUUUGUGGUCAACAAGGCCUACGCCCUCAUCUCCAGUUCGGUGAGCUUCUGGAUACCCGGCAUUGUGAUGCUGGUGAUGUACUGGCGUAUCUUUAAGGAGGCGAUACGUCAGCGCAAGGCCCUCAGCCGCACCAGCUCCAACAUCCUGCUGAACAGCGUCCACAUGGGCCACACCCAGCAGCCCACCAGCCUGAGCUAUCUGCAUCCCAGCGACUGCGAUCUGAAUGGCACAUCCGCCCGCGAGGAGACGCACAGUGCUCUUAGUAACUUGGAGGACAUGCUGCAGCCGGCCACCGACGAGGACGACGACAGGGACGAGUGCGAUGAACUGAGAGUGCCAUCGCCGCCGCCACGCCGCCUCAGCCGCAGCAGCAUCGAUCUGCGGGACUUGGAGCAGGAGCGGUACGAGAAAGUUACCCACACGGACAGUGCACCUUCGAUGAUGGCACUGCAGCAGCAGCAGCCCUCCCACAAUCAGUUGCAGCCACCGGCGCCAGUGUUCAAUCCGCAGAUAUGGACGGAGGGCAAGAUGAUGCCUUCCAAGGAGCUCGAAAAGGAGCAUACUCAUCCCAAUGCCCCGCAACAGCAACUCAGCCUGACCAGCGGCAGUGGCAACAGCGAACCGGAACCGGAGUCCACCGCCUACCGGGUCUUUGGUGGCCUCAACAGCGACGAGAGCGAGGGCAACGACCUGUACGACACCCACCUGCCGCUGGCCGAGGACAACAAGGAGCUGAAGCGCCUGAUCGAGGACAACUAUCUGUACUUCAAGCGCCAGACGGGCGGCACCAUUAUCAGCGGUCCGGGCGGUGGCAAGUACGCCGCCCUCAGUGAGACGGACUUCAUCCGGCUGAAGGCGGGUGCUGCGGCCUGCGGCCGUAAGGCAUUCGCCUCCAGCGACUCGGAGUUCCUGCGCACCAUUAGCGAAUCGCGGGCGUUGCCAGAGCAACCAGUGCCCGAGAAGGAGAAGAGCUUCAACAUCCUCUCCCUGCUGGCCAAGACGAAGCGCUCGAGCACCGAGUGCUUCGCCCUGGAGAAGAAGCGACAUCAGGCAUCAAGCAACUCCGAGGGAUCCAGCUUCUUCCGGCGCUCCCGGAACCGGAAAUUGUCGCACAGCUACAACGGAUGCGGCGGCGGCAAGGAACGCAAACUUGAGCGACGCCAGCGGCAACACAGCGAUACGGACUCCACGCCCAACAAGCCGGACAUCCUGCUGGACAUCAAUGUGCUCAGCGAGCAGAGUGGCGCCAGUGUGAUCCAGCAGUUCAGCGACGGGGUGCAGCUGAUUGACUUCAGUGAGAUGAAGACACCGCCCGAGAGGAAUCGCAGCGACGACGAGCUGGCCCAGCUGGCCGAUUGCUUUGGGGAGUCACCCCAGCAGCCGGCCACGCCGCCACCAUCGUUGUCGCCGCCGGAAUUGCCGGAACCGAGUGGCCUGCUCAUUGCCAGCAGCUCGGAGCUGGCCGAGAUCUUUCGAUCGCUGAGCUUUCCACUGGGCCGACCAGCUGGUGCUCCACAGCGCCUGAGCACGCUCAGUGACCAGGUGUGCGCCAACUAUAUGAUGUCCCCACCGAACACACCGGCUCCGCCGGCCAUUUCCGUGCCCAAUGGAGGUGCCAUGGACUCUUCCGCCGCCUCCAACGCGCAGUCGGCGUCCAUCAAUGUGUACUUCCUAUCGCCGCCGCCGCAUGCCGCCGCACCUGGUUAUACGCCCAGUGACACAUCCACGGUGUCCUUGGAUGUGGUGACCAGUCUGCCGAUGCCCGUUCCAGUGCCGCAGCCAAAUCCCCAAAUGCCCUCCCAGUCCAACAUAUCGCCCAAGCCGGAGAUCAUACUCGAUUCCACGCUGUCGCCGGUUGAGGGAUGUGGCGAUGAGCACCGGGAUGUCACGUCGCCACUGUUCAAGCGCAAAGAUAGCGCCGGCGAUGCGGACGUGAGCGUUUCCGGCAAUGGUGGGGCUGGUGGCGUUGGAGGGCUCGGUGGCCGCCAAGGACGCUGCAGCAUCCUGGCCGGCUACGAUGGCAUCCAAACUGUGCGGAAGAGACAAGCGUCCGUGGUGACCUACGACGUGAAUGUCAUCAACUUCUCGCAGGAGAACAGCGACAGUCGCAGCUACAUCCCGAUGGGCCGCGUUUCCACCAGUUCCGCAAAGCACGAUUUUUCCAAUAAAUCCUCGCUGAUCCGACGCGGCGGCAUCUGCAUCUUUGUGGAUGAGGAGGAGGCGGAGAUCAUUGAGCAGCGGCCCCGCGGCAUCACCUUCGCCACGGUGCCCAGUCCGCUGCCCAAGUGUCCGCUCUGCGGCGCCGACAUCAGCAGCACCACCGGCACCGGCACUGGCACCACCGCAAACGCAAACGCAACCGCAAAUGCCAACGCCGGCACCACAAUCGACACCACAGUAACCACUAGUAGUAAACGUAGUAUUCACGAGCCAACACCAGAUCUUGGCCAGGUCCAGGGGCCCAGGUCCUCGUCCAGUUCCAAUCGAUUCUGGCACAAGCGAACGGCGGCGGUCACAGCAUGUUGGCAGCAGAGCAAGAACCGGAAGCGCCGCUUCAAAACCGGAUGCAGUCACUGUGGUGCAACCGGCGGUUCCGUGCGACCGGCCAAAGGAUGGAAGGCCGAACACAAGGCCGCCCGCACCCUGGGCAUCAUCAUGGGCGUCUUUCUGCUCUGCUGGCUGCCCUUCUUUCUGUGGUAUGUCAUCACAUCGCUCUGCGGACCGGCUUGUCCCUGUCCCGAUGUGCUCGUGGUGGUGUUAUUCUGGAUCGGUUACUUCAACUCCACGCUAAAUCCGCUUAUAUACGCCUACUUUAAUCGCGAUUUCCGCGAGGCAUUCCGCAAUACGCUGGAGUGUGUGCUGCCAUGUCUGGAAAAACGAAAUCCGUACAACGCCUACUACGUCUAGACCGGAGACCGGAGACCGGAUAGCGACUGCUUCCCGGCCACAUUCCUUCGUCGUCCACUCUCUUGGAUGCGGAACAAUGCCCCUAUAAGUGAUAUUUAAUAUUUGAGUGAAUCGUUAUAUACCAAGGGAGGGAAACAAAGCUGAGAAAAACAAGAGCAACGGCCAUUCCAGUGGCAUUCGUGCCAGGAUAUAGCUAGCAUAAUCCUUGAAGCUAAGCAAUACUCGAUGUGUGUUUAUGUAUACGUGUACAAUUUCGUUUAAGCAACGAUAGGGAAUUUAAAUUAAAGUUGUGUUCUGAGCCCGCCAAGCCGCGGUUGCUGGGACAAUGCUGCCCCGGAACUAAGCUAUCCAUAUAUAAGUGUUGUUUGUCCAACUAAACAGGAGAUAUACGUAAUAACUAUACAUAUGUCAUAGCAAAAACCAAUUAAAAAUCGAGCGACUCUUUGCGUAGGAAAGUUCCAAUUUCAAGUGAAAUGUUGUCAAAUGAAUCAUCUAAGGAUUAUGUACUCCACUUCGGCCUGUCGAAGGUGAAACACUUUUUCCAUAGAUUACUGGAAUACUCUGCUAUCCAAAUUUAGAAUAUUCACAUGUGUAAUUUUUCUUGAUUCGGGGAUAUCGCAAAUAUGGAUUGUAAAUCCUGAGCCGAAUAAAUGCCAUUAACUUUUUUUUAUAUAUCAACAUAGGUUAAACACAUGAUGGUUUUUAAUGUCACUCAUAAACCUAACUAACUGACUUGUUCAAGAGCCCAAAAUUAUGGAAAAAGUGCAAUCGCAUAAUCUUACCUUUAGCUCUAAGUAUCAUAUGUAACCUAGAAAACUAGCAAACCAAAUCUACAUUCAACAGAGUUAUUGAAAAUUACAAAUUACGCAAUCGAAAUUAUGUAAGGAUAAAAUAUUGAAUGGAAGAGAAUUGUGUAGCUGACGUUAUGAAUUUUCAUGCAGAAAGACAAUCUACCAAUGAGUAAAAAAGAAUGAACUGCGAACAACAAAAAAUGGGCAAGCUGUAGGAAAUUUCGCCAUUCGCUGCAAAAUCGAUUCACUUAUUUCAAUAUAGUUAGUUCGAUUCCCAUUUCGAUUCCCCUCUCUCCUGAGUUGCGACGACUUUUGUGAUAGUAAAGGAAAUUGAUUGUAUUUCUAGUUGAAUUGGCUUGCAUUGCGUAGGAAAUGCAUCCCGUCUAAGAAUCUGUACAAUGUAUUGUGUAUCUAAGUAUUUAGGGCCAUGUAUCGCUAUGUAUUUCAAUGUACUUGCUGAACUAAA